UUGGUGAAGCUUAAGUUAAAAUUUCAAGCUUAUCAAAGCAUCUCAAAUUUUGUUUACGCAUAUCUCCGGAACGCGCCGUCUACAUCUCUGCUCCUUCUUUUCUCUUCAAUGCGGCACAACGGUGUCGCAAAGCGGACUCAAUAGCGACCGCGCGGGCGCAUAUCUUUCGGUAACAGAAUCCGUAAUGACAAGAGGAUACCAGACGCGAUAAAACGCCGUCACACACACAAGAGCAUUCGCACGCAUUUUACAUAACAUCACGCACUUGCACACUCGCACUUCUCGGAACUUCUCUUUCAAAAGUGAUUUCUUCUCUCGUCUCGCGGUCACAUACGCCCUUACGAUUAUCAGCGCGAUGAUGUCUUCGUGAUGACGAGUGCCGAAGAGGAGACAGGCGCGAGUGGAAUCAGUGGGAGUCAGUGGUACGAUCUGGCGGGGUUGGAUGAUCGUCGAGACAUCAUUUCGUAUCACAGUCAGUCAGUCGUGAGAAAGAUCUCGCGGAAGCUCCCUGGAUCAUGCAGCCGUGCUUGAUCAUCUUAAUCUUCACGGCGAGUACCGCACUCGCGUGGUACCACGAAAAGACGCGUUAUGAUCGAUCCGUCCAUGAAGAAGGCGGUGUAACUAAUGCAGAAGACAGUGCCAACGAAAAGCAAUGGUCUUUCACUGACGACGUAACGCAAUUCGUUGCAUACAAGAGUAGAACGGAGAACGAUUGCUAUCUUGAGAAUCUCGAGCAAACUCGAACUACGUCACGUAAGAAACGGCAACCCAGGACACUUUUUGCGUCCACUGCUCUCACAAAAUUCGAGGCAUGGCGACUUGCCGGAGGUCGAAUCGUUGAUUUUUGCAAUGGACGCAGCAUCGUCUUGCUACAAGCGACCAGACCUGUGCCAGGGCAAGCCCUUGAUCCCUUCUUGAAUGAAAUCCCCAUAGAUGAAAACGAUAUUUUUCCGAAACGAGUAGCUGACGUAGUUUUAACGCCACUGAAGGCUCGGACGAAGAGACACAUUCAGCUCGAGCAACGAAAGAAAUUAAACGCGAAUUUUAAUCACAUUCGACAACGUCGGCAGACGACUCAGUUUCGAGGGAAAUUUCGUGGACAAACGCAGUCUCAAUAUCUGAAUCUCGGUAAUGAACAGAAGGAGGGUAAGGCGGAAGCUGAAGCCACUCAACAAUCUUCGCGCGCGGUAGUCAGCGGCAGUCGUGGCAUAGGUCAAGCACAAAGUAUGUCGUCAGGAGGUACUGAUUGCGAGGAUUGUCCUGGAUAUCCUGGAUAUCCCGGCAUUGAGGGACUACCGGGUAUACGGAUACCAUCCGCGGGUACGGAUGGCACUCCAGGCGUAGGUAUUACGCGUCCAGGAGCAGGACCUGGCGACGUUAUUCCUGGCAGGCAGCUAACAUAUCCUGUGGCCAUUCCCGGGAGAGGUGAAACUUAUCCUGGCACCCUUCCUGGAAUCGGAGGAGUUUAUCCCGGAGGUGUUCAGCCUGGAAUUGUAACGGAAGGUGACAGAAUAUAUCCGGGAGGUAUUCGACCUGGAACCGUGACACCGGGAGUUGAUAGAAAAUAUCCUGCGGGUGUCCAGCCUGGAACUAUCACUCCUGGUGGUGUUCGACCUGGAGUUGUGAUGCCCGGGGCCGACGGAAUCUAUCCUGGAGCUGUAAGUCCUGGAACUGUGACAACAGGAGGUAAUGGAAUCUAUCUUGGAGGUGUUCAGCCUGGAAGAAUAAGACCAGAGGGUGGAAUAUAUCCUGGAGGCGUUCAACCCGGAGCUGUAAGGCCGGGAGCUGAUGGAACGUAUCCUGCAGGCGUUCAACCUGGAGCUGUAAGGCCGGGAGCUGAUGGAACGUAUCCUGCAGGCGUUCAACCUGGAGCUGUAAGGCCGGGAGCUGAUGGAACGUAUCCUGCAGGCGUUCAACCUGGAGUUGUAAGACCGGGAGUUGAUGGAACGUAUCCUGGAGGCGUUCAACCCGGAGCUGUAAGGCCGGGCGGUGAAGGAAUAUAUCCACCUGGAACUUUAAUCACAGGUGACCGUGGAGUUUAUCCCGGAGUUCAAGUUCCACGCGGCGGCGUACCCGUGGGAGUUGGUACAGGCAUCGGAAUAUAUCCAGGAGGUAUCCAACCUGUCGUCCAACCGGGACAAGCUGCUUAUUCUCCCAGUGGCGCAUCAGUGACUACUUCAGUAACGACAAGUGCAAUUACCGGAACUGGAGCUUAUCCGGGUGGUAUUGUACCUGCAGGACUACCAGCUGGCACAUAUGCGGGAGGAGUUCCCGGAACUUAUCCCGGAACUGGAGUCUAUCCUGGCGGUGUCCGACCUGGUACCGUUCCAGGAACAGGUGUUCCUGGAACUUAUCCUGGCGGUAUUAUUCCAGGAGGAACAAUAGGUGGUCAAGUAGUUUAUCCUGCUGAGACUGGCGUGGUUUAUCCCGGCGGUCUUGCACCGGGCACUUUGCCAGGUAGAGGUCAGGUACCUGGCACAGUUACGACCACAGGUCCAGUGGCUGGUGGUGAUGCGCAAGUAGUAACUUACCCGGCCGGUCGACCAACAGACGGUGAUCGGGUGCUUUAUCCAAGUGGUGUUCUUCAGCCUGGCAGAACUCCCGAAGAAAUUCCAGGCACACAGGUUGUGUAUCCAGGUGGCACGUACCCCGCAGGUACCAUACCAGUCACGUAUCCUGGAGGUACGCAACAGCUUAUUCCUCCUAGUGGUACUCUGUAUCCUGGUCAAGAAACUUAUCCUAGUGGAGGUGAAGGCCGAGUGCAAAUAUAUCCAGGACAAUAUCCUGGUGCUGGAAUUCCCGGAGCAACGAGAAUUCCAGGAGGAACGGGCGUACCGGGAGGUGCUCAGUAUCCAGUAGCUACAGUGGGUGGUCAAACAGUGGAAGGAACAGGAGUUCCUGGGCGGUAUCCUGGCCAGUAUCCAAGCGGCCAAGAAGUCGGUCAGUAUCCAGGAAGACGUUAUCCAGGAAUAGGUGGAAUCGCUGGAGAAGUUCCGCAAUAUUACACGCAGCCUGGUGUGCCAGGUGUGUCCGCGGGCGUCGCGGACGACGGAGCCGAAUCACAAGCAUCGAGCUCCGUGCAACAGGUGGACUCGGGCACUCAGGCGAGCGCCUCGGCUCAAGGUAAAUACGGUUCGGGCACGGCUCAAUCGCAGGUGACCGGCACGUACAGCGGCAGUGGCAGCUUCUCAGCCCAGGCUGGCACCAGCGACGCCAAUAAGAGCGCUCAGACCGAGGUCAACGGCGGUGAACAAGGUGCCAGCAGCAACGCGCAGGGUGUCGGCGGUUAUGGAAAAAGUCAGGCACAGGUUCAGCUGGAUUCUGAUUCCGGCGCGACGUCAACCGGAGCCCAGAGUAGCGGUUGGAACCACGGUACCAAUUCGCAGGUGCAGGCGAGCUCGAAGGGCGGCAUGGCCGAUGCACAGGCAAACGGCGAAGGUAGCACCUCCAGUCAGGCGCAGAUUGGAUUUCAACCAUACCUGAAGAACGAGGCUGAGGAAGCGGAGAGGCGCGCAGUGCCAUUCCGCGGCAGUGGCACGGCAUCAGCCCAGAGCGGCACUCACCGCGGUCAGUCGCAGUCGCAGCUGCAGGGCUCCUUCCAGUACGGGAUCACGUACACUGGCGCAGCGCAGGCUGGUUCUGGAUCGGGUGCCGCAUCCUCGCGAAAGCCUUUCACCUUCAACAUCACCGAUACCGACCUCUUCAAGCCGUUCAAGCCGCAGCCACCUUUGAGUAAACCGGCGAAUGCUGAGGAAAGCAGUGCACAGGCUAUCCCGCCAGCAAGAUCGAAUUAUGAGAAUGGACGAGGUUUGCAGAGCAGCUCGACCUCGAAGCAGAUCGUCGUCGUGAACUCCAAGGAUGACUCGAACGACAGGAAGACGUCGUCCACCGCAAAAUCACGGAAGGACGACGUCGUGUAUGACGAGGAAUAUGACGAGGAAUAUGACGAGGAUGAUUAUCCUGCCGCACCUCCGCCGGAUUCGCGAGGGAUUCAGGAAAAGUUCCCGAAAGCUCUUCCCAGUUCCAGCUCCAGUCCAACACUGAGUUCGAACUCCAAUCCAACUCCGAGUUCCAGCUCUAAUCCAACACUCAGCAAGACCGUUUCACAGCAAAGCCGCACUCAGUCGCAGACAAUACGGGUCGUCAAGGGGAACCAGUACGACUUGCACGUUAGUCAGGACUCGAACGUACAACCUGGCGAUACCCUGCAACCGGGACAAUCCGUGGGAGGCUACGCUAUCCCGCCUGAACUCCGCGGCAAAGUGAUAUCGACCGCCGGCGUCGAGACCAUCGCUCAGGGCGAUGGCAAGUCGCAGUCGCAGACGGUGUCAGUGGUACCAAAGGAUCUGAACAACACCAGGACGCCCGUAAUAGAGACUAGGUCGUUGCAGACCAGCCACGAACGUCACAUCGGCCGGCACACGUCGAGCGGGAAAGAUCAGAGAUCCUCCAGCAGUCACAACGCAUCUUCCGACAGAUACGUGAAACCUAUUCCGGCUGCGAAACCGAGUUAUUACACGGUGACCAACAGCUUCGCCGGCAAGAUGAACGGCAGCAACGAGCCGAGAAAAUACGAGCAUCGAUAUUACACGAAAAGCUCUACCUGCGGCUACUUCACGUUCUCUUGUAACGUUGUAUACGGUUCGAACGGCAGGACAAAAAUCUGUAAGCCGAGGAUGCCGACGUAUCCAAACGGCACGCCCAUGAGAUGCUGAGCAACAAAGGUAUAUCGAUAAUUCUUGAAUUAUUAUAUUAAACACGAUCGUAUAAUUAUUUCUGACGAUCGGUUCUGCAAAGUACCUAUCCCGCGUUAGAAGAAUCGCUUUCCUCAAGUAAUCCGCCGAGUAAUUCGACGCAAUUUGUGCGAGUUGCUCGUAGAGAUCGUAGAUUAGAUCGUAAUUUAGAUUUCGAUCAUAAUUAAUAAUCGCUAAUUGCUUUCGUGAUACAAUUGUUUUAUUAAGGUACUUGAAAUUAUCGACUGUGUAGAAUAGUGAACGUGUUGCUACAUCAAUCGCUGCUAUUUAUUAAGUUUUGUCAAUAAAAUACACUUUGAUUAGG